UCCAGGACAAGACUAAAAUGAAGAAGAAGAAGCAGCAGCGAGGCGGAAAUAAGAAAAAGAUGACUAAUGAGCAGAGCCUGGCUUUCAAGUCUGUAAAGGAAUGGGUUUUCUUGAGUCAGCCCUCUUCUUCUUCUGCUGCUUCCUUUGUCGUCGAUGAUUUUGGAGUGCAGAAGAGUCUGGGAAGAGGUGGGGAGAAGGUUGUUUUUGAAUUGCAUUCACAUUCGAAAUUCAGUGAUGGGUUCCUGUCCCCUUCCAAGUUGGUUGAGAGAGCUCAUAGGAAUGGGGUAAAAGUUCUUGCUCUGACAGAUCAUGACACAAUGUCUGGCAUUCCUGAGGCUCUAGAAGCAGCUCAUAAAUAUGGCAUUAAGAUAAUUCCAGGUGUGGAAAUUAGUACAAUUGUCUCUCCUAGUGGAGAACCUGAAGCAGAGGAACCAGUUCACAUAUUGGCAUAUUACAGCAGCUGUGGGCCAACAAGGUUCGACGAGCUGGAUGAGUUCUUAUCAAAUAUAAGGGAUGGUCGUUUUGUUCGUGCAGAGAACAUGGUCCAGAAACUGAAUAAGCUCAAGUUGCCUCUUAAGUGGGAGCAUGUUUGCAGGAUUGCAGGCAAGGGUGUUGCUCCUGGGAGGCUUCAUGUGGCCCGUGCUAUGGUCGAAGCAGGUUGUGUGGAGAAUCUCAGACAAGCCUUCUCCCGGUAUCUUUUUGAUGGUGGACCUGCUUACUCUACAGGAAGUGAACCACUGGCAGAGGAAGCAAUAAAAAUGAUUUGUAAUACAGGUGGUGUGGCUGUACUGGCUCAUCCAUGGGUUAAAAAUCCUGCUCCCAUUGUCAGGAAGUUAAAAGAAGCUGGCCUUCAUGGAGUGGAGGUGUACAGAAGUGAUGGAAAACUAGCAGCAUACAGUGACCUUGCAGAUACAUAUGGCCUUCUUAAGGUUGGAGGCUCAGACUACCAUGGAAAAGGAAAUCGCAACGAAUCUGAACUGGGAAGUGUUAACCUUCCGGUCUUGGUGCUGCAUGAUUUCCUCAAGGUUGCACGACCUAUAUGGUGUCACUCCAUCCGGGAAAUUCUAGAGAUUUAUGCUGAGGAUCCUUCUGAUUCGAAUUUAACGAGAAUCACAAGGUUUGGGAACAACCGGAUUCUGAAGUGUGGUUCAUCCUUGAAUUGCAGAAAGGACUUGAUUGAUCACUGCUUACCUCUGUGGUUGACUAGGGAAGAGAUGGUAAAUGCAGAUUUUGAGGCUAUCAAAUUAAAGCUUUCCGGUCCUCCUGUUAAUGAGGGGAGAGUUCAGGUUCUUGUUGAGGCUACAUAAUUCUUAAAUUGAAUCUUUUACGGUGGGGAAUGACUCCACUUUGAAGCUUGUUUACCCACUUCAUCCCCCCCCCCCACCCCAAUAUAUCUCAAAAUACAGGAUAUGCUGUCAAGAAAAUAACUUAAGACGAUCAAUUACAGUACUCCUAUUUUUUGGUGUG